GGAGUAUGCACCUGCGAUUCAAGAUUAUAAUAAUUUUUUGGCAAAGGCAAUUGCAGGAGGGACUGGUCAGUUUGUUAAAGGGAUCUUCAAAUGCAGCAAUGCUUACACCAACCAGAUCUGGAUUUCAGUUUCCUUGAGAUGAAUCCCUUUACCUUGGUGAAUGGAGAGCCAUACCCAUUGGAUAUGAGGUCAGAGUUGGAUGACACUGCUGCCUUUAAGAACUUUAAGAAGUGGGGUGUCAUAGAGUUUCCUCUUCCCUUUGGAAGAGUUCUGAGUCCUACAGAAAGCUUCAUUCACUCAUUGGAUGAAAAGGUAAGUGCAUUACUUUUUAUUUAUGCAUAGUAUGAGAGAUUUUCUAUUUUGAGUAAUCACCAAUUGUUAAGUUGUAGAAAUUUUCUAUUUUGGUUUUGGUGUUGGUUUUUUUUUUUUUUUUUGAAUUUAUUUUUAUAUAGUUAGUUGAGCCACAAAGUGUGCCUAUAUAUUAAGGAAAUGAGCUUUUUGACUGUAGAUGCAUUUUUGACUGUAUAUUAAGAAAAGUGUGCCUGUAUUUUAUGCUGGUUUCCCUGGUAAGAUCAUCUUCAAAAGUAUAUAUCGACACACUAUACUACAUCUAGAAUGGUAGGUGGUGUCAUAAAGUUAUGAGCAUUUUGUCUGUUCAUAAUUUCUUGCUAGUUCUAUUUAGUUAACAUGUUGGCUUCACCAUCAUUCAUCUAUCAAUU